UAAUUACCGAGGUUUUCACCUCAUGGGAGAGCACGAGUCUGUUGAGGAGAGGAUGGAAAGCAGAUCCCUGCAGGACGGCCGCUUGAAUGUGGUAUUUGCUGGGACCGUGAUGCACUAUGCAUGUAACGAAUUCAUCUGUGAGCUACUAAAGUGUGUCCUGUACCAGAGACAACAGCUGCCCAUGCCCUAUGACGAGAUAGUCGUCUUCCUAAACCAGCAGCUUGCAACCACACAGCUGGAGGGAGGAGCUGUUAUGAAACCCAUCACGUCAUCAGGAGACACCAUGUGGCAGCGGUGCCAGCGGUCACUGCUAGACCUGGACGAGGUGCUUGGUCAACUGGAGGAGCUCUUCUCCCUCAGCUACGUCCCUCGUGUUCUCUUCAUCCUCAGAGGCUCUGGAGUUCUUCCUACAGAGAUAUAUGAGGUCAACAUGGAGGGUUUGGUGCUGAAAGGCUGUGACAGAAGUUUGAAAACUUCCGACUGUUUGAGGCAGCUGUUUCGCACACUUUUUAUGGAGGAUUUUUUUUCGAACAUUAAGCCAAUGCGCCUUAUGGGCACCACGGUCAUGGCGCUCGCUCAUCGGGACUGUGGGGUGGAAUGGUUUAAGCCUAAAGUUGAUUUCAGGUUUUCCACUAAGGUAAAUAGAAAGGUGAUAGCAUUGGCCAGUGGUGGGAUUGUAAGUGGCCAGAGAAAGCCUGACACUACAAACUCUGAUGAUUAUAUAUGGUUACAAACACCUGUGAGUAUUAGGGGUUUUCUUAAGUGA